AUGACGAAAACAAUAGUCAUAAUCGCCGUUACUGGCAAUCAAGGCUCUUCCGUCGCCGAAGUCUUUCUCCAAAUACCAGGCUGGCACGUCAAAGGAGUAACUCGUAAUCUCACCUCACUCGCAGCCUUAGCACUUGCAGCCAAAGGCGUUGAACUUGUCGUCGGCGACACCAAUCAUGUUGAAACCAUCAAGGCAGCUGUACAAGGAGCAUCCAUCGUCUUCGGCAACACUGCAUUCUCUGAUGCCCUCGCCAAUCCAGCCUCGCCAGACCUGGUCCACUUGAAAGAAGGCCAGAGUGUCCGAGAAAUGUGCUAUGAUCUUGAAUUUCAGCAAGGAAAGAACAUUGCCGACGCCGUUGCCACGGUGAGAGAUCUGGAGAUGUUCAUCUGGAGCAGUUUGAGCGAUGCGAAGAAGUGGAGUGGUGGGAAGUAUCCUGGUGUCUAUCAUUUCGACUGUAAAGCCCAUGUGAUUGAUUAUAUUGAGGAAAAGUACCCUGAGCUGGCAGCGAGGAUGAAUGUGUUGAUGAUGGGUCUUUUUGUUACGAACUGGAAAUGGGGUGAGGCCUCUGUGCCAUGGAAGAAGCUGCCAGAUGGAACAAUGCGUCUUCGAGUACCUGGUUCCGGAGAUGUUCCUAUUCCUUUUGUCGUGCCAAAAGACGCAGGGAACUUCGUAAAGGCUUUAGCGUUCGAUCUUCCACUUGGAACAACACUGCUCGCCUUUGGAGAUCGACUAACCUUUCUCGAAUACACCAAACUGCUGACCAAAGUUACCGGGAUACCUACUACUUUUGAAAAAUGUAGUGUCGAAGAACAUGCAGCCCUUACUCCCGGCAGUGGUCAGGGUAUGGAGAUGGCCGAAAUGUACGGGUAUGCUCAAGAUUUUGGAUACGAAGCUGAGGCCGAUCCCAGUAUCACGUAUUCUAGCGAUGUGAACCCUAAGAUCCCUCGUACAAGUAUAGAGGAGUACAUUCGUGGGGAAGACUGGUCAAGCCUUGGCUUGUAG